UUUUUUUUUCACAUUAUUAUCAUUUUUGUAUUCCAACAGCGCAAUACUUUGAACCCUUACCCAGUCACAGUCCUAACCGCAUUCAACAUUGGACGAAGUGCCCCGACGCCCUGCUUCAUGUCGGCGCGCUACGCGGCUGCAGACAUGGAUGGCACUGCAAUGUAAAGGGAACUGCACGAUUUAGCGUGGAUAAGGGACCUCUUGGUCGCUCCUUGGCGAGUAACAUCAUGAUGAGGGGCAGCUUUCAGGUGAUGCUGUUUGGAUACCACUCUUUCUUGUCUUGCAUUUUUGUGAUCCGGUACUCGGGAAGCGCGCAGGUCUUCCAUUCUUUGGAAUUUGUUUCUCCGUGCAAUGGUCACACCAUACGAGUAAUAUCAUCUUUGAAAGUUCGUCCGUCAUCGAGCUCGUUGAACAGAGACCCCAAAGUACAUCGCCGGCAUGAUGUGUGUGUGGAUGGGCGGCAGUGCAUCAUCGCCAUCAGCAAAUCGAGAAGAAAUGGGCAACACGACAAGCAGGAAUCCCGCACCAGCGGAGUGCCAUUGGAGUGGGGGAACAGCUCGCUACGGCUGUGGUUGGUUGGCGCCUGGGUUUCACACUGCAGUAGAUCAAAGACAUGGUGUGCUGCUCCAAGGGUUCGGUUCCCGCUUGUGAUUGUGAAUGUGUGGUGGUGCUUCAAAGAUAAAGAAAGAGGCAAGCAGCCAACAAGUUCACGAGACCGUUGAAAAGGCGUGUGUAUCUUCCGUUCUUCCGUCUCUCUCAUUUUCUCUCCUUUCUUCUGCCCGCAUGAUGCAUUGCAGAAAGCUGCUGUGGAGAGAGCUCUAGACAGAGCUAUCAGGCCGAGAGAGCAAAGGACGAAAACCGAAGAAAUCGGUAGUGUCGUGUAACGCCGGAAGAAUUGGAGUUCCAAGCACU